AACAAUGUGUGUGAUCUUCAAAACUGCAGGUCUCACCAGUCCAUAUACAUGUGCCUUUCUAGGGGAUUGACAUAUGAAGGGACCAUAAUUGUUCAAGGCUUUGAUGACCAUAAACUGAUGAGGGGCAUCUCCAGUUCACUCAGGCAAGAAUUUAGAGACCUUGAACUUCUGGACGAGAUCACAACCCUUCAAUAUAAUAAGGAGUUGCCAGACAUAGUUCAAGGUGUAAUCAGAAAUCCUCUCAUAGUAUCCUAUAGAUCAUGGAAAGGGACCCAGUAUAUCCCCAAAACAAUGCAUAGGUCUCUUAAGUGGUCUAACAAAGACCCAGAGCCUGACAGUCCCUGGCAAAUUGUCAGUAAA